AUCGAAUGACAUUACAUAAGUCGUGUGUUUUUGGUUGCGUGCGAACGCCCGCCUCUCACCCCCUCGCUCUCCGCACCUAUAACAAAAUUAGGAAACAGUCUGCAUCUGCGAAGUAACACACAGGCUGUGGUCCGCAGCGGAGAGAGAUAUCUACGACUGACGAUAAUGUAAGUGCAACAUGCCGAACUGGGGAGGGGGGAACAUCUGUGUGGCGUGCCAGAAGACCGUGUAUUUCGCAGAGGAGGUGCAAUGCGACGGAAAGCGUUUUCACAAAGGCUGCUUCGUGUGCAUGGCUUGCGGGAAGGGGCUGGACAGCACCACCGUGGCCGUCCAUGAAGAGGAGAUCUUCUGCAGAACCUGUUACGGCAAGAAGUACGGGCCCAAGGGGUACGGCUACGGCCAGGGGGCCGGGGUCCUGAACAUGGACCGGGGAGAGAAGCUCGGCACCAAGGGGUACGGCUGCGGCCAGGGGGCCGGGGUCCUGAACACGGACCGGGGAGAGAAGCUCGGGACCAAACCGGAGGAGACCCCGACGCAUCAGCCCGCCACCAACCCCAACCCCUCCCGCUUCGCACAGAAAUUCGGGGGGUCGGAGAAGUGUCCCCGCUGCGGGGAAUCGGUGUACGCCGCCGAGAAGGUUAUGGGAGCGGGCAAGGCUUGGCAUAAGGCCUGCUUCCGCUGCGCCAAGUGUGGGAAGAGCCUGGAGUCCACCACGCUGACGGAGAAGGACGGCGAGAUCUACUGCAAAGCGUGUUACGCAAAGAACUUUGGGCCCAAGGGGUUUGGCUUCGGUCAAGGAGCCGGGGCCCUCGUCCACGCCCGGUGAACCACACCAGAGCGGGUCAACACCGCCCACAGGACCGCAACACCAUGGCGAUUGGCUGGGAUGGGAAUUAUUGUGCCUAAAAAAAAAAAAAAAAACAACACUAUUUUCUGUCUGGUUUGUUUUGUGGUUAAUAAAGAUUUUCCGGAACACAA